CCAUACUAGCUAACUAAGCCUGUAUCCAUUCCUCAAUACGUGAGGGCUUGCAACUUUCAGUUUGCUUGCGUCGCGUAUCAAGGCUUGUAUCAGUGCCGGAAUUAACCAAGGAAGGAAAGGACAUUGGCACCAAAGAAUGCUGCAGACCGAUCUAUGGGCUAGAGAUUCAAAACGGAACUGCUGACAUUCAAAGGAUUUGUUCGUCAUGCCGGAGGUUAUCACGAUCCAAGCAAAAACCAUCGAUGCUGCGGCAGUAGAGAUAAUUGGCAUUUUGGAGGAUACAAGAAAAGGAAAUGUGAUCUUCGUCCGUGGUUGGAAUGGAUUUGGGGCAUCCGCAGCACUCAAGGCAGUAGCGCAACGCCUAAAAUCAUCAAAAUCAAAGUUUAACAGGGUUAUUCAUGUGGAUUGCUCGUUGUGGAAAAGCAUGAGGGCCCUGCAGAAGGCAGUCGCGGAGGAGGUGGAGCUUCCGCCGUCGGUGAUGGCCAUCUUCGAUCAGCAGGACGAGGAGGAUGAUUUCAGUGGGAUAGACGAAGGCUCUCGAGGGGUGAUAGAAGAUAUCAGAACAGAAAUCUUCAUAAAGCUUGCUAGCAGUAGAUUUGUGGUGAUAUUUCACAAUGGGAGUGAUGAAUACAUUGAUCUGUAUGAGUGUGGAGUCCCAGUAAUAUCAUUUUUGAGUAUUAAGGUAUUAUGGACCUGGCAUGGGAGGUUUGAACCCGAUUUUCAUUACUCCAGAAGUACAGAAUACGAUAUGGAGAGCCACACUGAUGUUAUGGUCAAUUAUUUUCAUGAUGAUUGCAUCCGCGAUGAAGCAAUAUUGGAAGAGUCCAAGGAGAUUGCCGCUUAUAUCGGCAUUCCAGAACCUUACAUGAACCAUAUAAUAGUUGAGAAGUGCAUCCAGUAUGCCGAUGCACUCAAACAUUGCAGUAUGUUCAAUUGGGAGAACUGGGCUUCUAACUACUUUGUAUGCGAUGGGAUUAUACAAGGGCAAGGCGAUACGUCGGCAUGGGGAGUAGCCGAUGCUGUACAGAGAAACAUCUCUACGAAAUGGCUUUAUUCCGGUAGUGAUGAUGUCAUUCGUCGCCACAUGCAGUGCAGGCUUCAUGACCGCUUGGCUUUGGUGGAGCACAAGAAGGGCCUGCUACCUGAUGAUAUUGGCAUGGUGCUUUCUGAGGCAACAUCCUGCUUCAUCUUACCAGAUUAUAACUACUAUUAUUACCAAUUGGCGACAAUCCCAGAUUGCAUAUUCCAACAUUCACACAGCAGCAAGCUGUGUGUCUUACAUCUACGUUGCUGCAGCUUCAGUUUUGAAUCGCCUCCCUUCCUUUGUUGCAGCAAGCUAAGAUUCCUCCAGCUAUACUCAUGCACAAAUAUCCUGUCUGAUAAGCAUCCAAGCCACAACGAAGACAUGUCAUGCUUCCAUAAGCUAUGGGUGCUGCACCUGUGGGAUACAAACUGGUAUCAAUUACUAUCAGAAGAGAUGAUGAACUUUAUGGCUGACCUCAGGGAGUUGCGUGUAGAGCUAGUCAAGGGUUGGAGCAUAAGUGAUUUACAUGGUAAGUUUCCUUCCCUUGUCAAGGUCCAAGUAGAGGAAUACUUGUUCUACAAGGAAUACCACUUACCUGACCUCUCUAGUGCACACUUCCUUAAGACAGUCAUCCUCGACAGUUGUGUUGAACUGGAACAAGUUGCCCCCGGCGUGCUGCCCCCGAUGUUAGAGUCAUUCACCUUUGGCAGUUUUAGUAGUCAUACUGCUAAGAUAUCUAGCAUUUCCUUCCGGGGCUAUUCUCAGCUGAAGAGUAUACUGCUAGGAGGAUAUCUAAUGAGACUACAGGAGCUGGACCUCUCAGGCACAACAGUAAAAAUCUUCGACCUCAGAAAAGUGAGUGCUCCAAACCUCAAACGUCUAAUCUUGCUGGGUUGCGAGAAGUUAUGUGCAAUACUAUGGCCAGAAAAAGACAAAAUGACUCAGGUUUUGGAGGUGCUGCACAUCAACACCAUACGAUCUACAUCAGCUGCCCAAGCUAAUCGUGAAGAAAAAACAAGGGACCCUAUUGCAGCUGCGGGAUCAUCAACUAUACAUGUUGCUACUGCUGCUGAACUGGGCAUCAGUCGACAUGCGUCCUUUGACUUUAAGUGGUACAUAUCUCCAAGGGAUACAAGGAUCCUUAGGUCGCUUGAACCGGUCAAAAAUAUUGAGCACAGUCAUGUUUAUAUGGAAAUGGUUUCAUCUCCUACAAGUGCUGCUACCGUUGCCGACAGUGAAAUUGCUCAAGCAAUCUGGAGCCUGUGUAAGCCUGAUAAUUAUUCAUAUGCAAGUGAUGCUUUCUUUCAGACCGACCUACAGGCUGGCGCUGACAAUGAAGGUGCAAUCAGCUGGAUGUGGGAUUGCCCAGCUAUUCCUACUCCAACAGCUCAAGACUUGUAUGUUCACAUACAAGAUAACCAGGAGACCAAGAGGGGAUUACUACAGAAACAACAUGGCAACAUUGAAGGAAUUAAUAUCAGUGCUGAUUUACCUUCUCGUUUCAUAUUUAACAAUGCUCGCAUGCUUCACGUGCAUGAUAGCUCCUCUAUCACUUGCAUCACAUGUCCACAAGGUUCAUUCUGGAGAAGCCUUGAAUGGUGCCGAGUCGAGAGGUGCCCCGAGCUUCGUACUGUCUUUCGUACUGUCCAACAAAGUGAGGGUGCUAGCUUCUGUCAUCAAUUGAGCACAUUCUGGGCAUCUCAACUUUUGAAGGCACGCUAUAUCUGGUAUUGGAGUGCAAUGCGUGUGUUUUCCUGUGUAAACAUAGUACUGUUGCACCUGGACUAUUGCCCUAGGCUCAUACAUGUGCUUCCCUUGUCUGAGUCUGUGGACGCUUUGCCUUGCCUGGAUACCCUGGAAAUUGUGUGUUGCGGAGACCUUAGGGAGGUCUUCCCUUUGGACCCUAAGCAAAAGGAGCAGAAAGUUAUACAGUUUCCCAAGCUAAGGCGCAUCCACCUGUAUGAGCUACCCAGCUUGCGGCGCAUCUGUGGGAGCAAGAUGUCCACGCCCAACUUGGAGAAUGUCAAGAUUAGGGGCUGCUGGAGCCUCAGGUGUCUUCCCUCUGUCAGCGAAAACAACGAAAAGAUGCCUACUGUGAACUGCGAGAAGGAAUGGUGGGAUAACCUUGAGUGGGACGGGGUGGAGGCAAACCACCACUCUUCACUCUAUGAGAAUAGUCACUCGUCAUACUACAAGGCCCAGGUGCCAAGAGGCACAGUUCUAAGGUAAUCAGUUCUUGCACGGAUCGAUCUCUACAAGCGCCAAUCCUGUCAUCCUAUGGUGCUUCCUGCAUACUCGAUGUCGUCGCUGCGGCCUAUGGUUUGUGUUGCUUUCCUUACCUCAUGUUGCUUUGAUUGGUUUGGUUGUGCUUUGCGGCUGCACUGCCUGAGGUGUGGCGGCUCUGCAAUUGUAUGGAUCUGCAUUGCCAUGGUUUGGCGGUGCAUCCUCGAGUUUGGUUGGAUUUGGUUGGUUUGGUUGGUUUGAUCAGUUCCACUCGACUGAGCCUUGUACUGUCAAAGUAAGCAUCCAUCGUCUGGUUGGAUAGAUGAUGCAUGUUACAAGCUUUGAGUAAGGUAAAAGAAAAAUAAGACAUUCCUUCUCACAAGAUUCCUAUGAGCACUCUGCCUGCUCAAGAUGCUUAGAUGUUGUGGUGUGGUGUGUGAUUUUUUAGCCUGUGUGGUGUGGUGUGUGAUUUUUCAGCUAUGGACUGAUUUUUGUAAUAAUAAUUGAGAAAUAUUGCUCCGACUUCCACAUAAAUGUUGGUGAUGAUUUGCAUUAA